CUGGGUCAUCAGGCAUUGGAUUGUCUGGCUCGACAGCGGGCAUCGGGUCACCAGGUAUGACAGCGGGCACUGGGUCACCAGGCAUCAGGAUCGUCUGGCUCGACAGCGGGCAUCGGGUCACCAGGCAUGACAGCGGGCACUGGGUCAUCAGGCAUUGGAUCGUCUGGCUCAACAGCGGGCAUCGGGUCACCAGGCAUGACAGCGGGCACCGGGUCAUCAGGUACCGGAUCGUCUGGAUCGACAGCAGGCACCGGGUCAUCAGGCAUUGGAUCGUCUGGCUCGACAGCGGGCAUGGGUCACCAGGCAUGACAGCGGGCACUGGGUCAUCAGGCAUUGGAUCGUCUGGCUCGACAGCGGGCAUCGGGUCACCAGGAAUGACAGCGGGCACUGGGUCAUCAGGCAUUGGAUCGUCUGGCUCGACAGCGGGCAUCGGGUCACCAGGUAUGACAGCGGCACUGGGUCAUCAGGUGUGAUAGGAUCAUCAGGGAUCAGUUCAUCAGGCUGGGUACAGACAUCAGGCUGGGUAGAGACAUCAGGCUGAAGUGCGGGUGCCGAGGCACCAGGCUGAACCACGGAAGGCAGGUUCUCAGACGGCAGGCUCACCGGUUUGGAUACUGGCAGGAUGGUACUGUUUGGAAAGAAUUUUUGCUUUUUUCUGGUUUUAACUACUGG